UCCAGACCAAGAUGAAAACAGAAUUUUGGUGGUUGCUUUUCCUGGUGACACCAAUUGUUCAGGUGUCCGGAGAUGUGUUUUUGCGAUGGUGCGUGACAAAUCGUGCUGAGGAAACAAAAUGCAAGGCUUUCGAGAUGGCAGUAGCAUUACUGAAAGUUGAAGGGACAUACCUUGGGAACGUUGUGCCAUCCUGUGUGAAGGGGGCAGAUAGCUAUGAUUGUAUGAAAUUGAUACAAAAUGGUGAUGCCGAUGUCAUGGCCCUGGACACUGGUCAAGGAUACUUCGCUGGCCAUCAACACAACAUGAUGCCUUUCCUGGCUGAGACAUACAGGUCUCGAUCAUUACACUACUACUCUGUAGCUGUGGUGAGAUCCAAUGAUCUAUCCCUAACCAUCCACAACCUGAAGGGGAAAAGAGUUUGCUUCCCAGGUAUUGGUAUGGGAGCUGGCUGGGUGUAUCCUAUGGGCCUGAUGUUGGAGGCCAAUAUGAUCCCCAUUCAGGAGUGUAAUGCUGUAGUGAAAUCUGUUACUGAUUUCUUUGGUGACAUGUGUUUGCCUGGUGCCCUAUCAUCAUUCUACAAUCCCUUUGGUAACAAUCCGACAUCCAUCUGUAAACUGUGUACUGGUGUACUAGAGGAACGGUGUUCCACCUCUGACCCCUAUGCUGGAUAUGAUGGUGCCUUCAACUGUUUGAAGUCAGGACAAGGUGAUAUAGCUUUCCUUCGACAUGACACAGUGGAGAUGAUGCUUACAAACAGCACAGAGCAGUUACAGGACUACGCCCUUUUGUGUCAGGAUGGUAGUCGUCGGAGCCUUGAUCAGUAUGAUCAGUGUAACUUUGGUAAGAUCAUAUCAAACAUGGUGAUGACAUCCAGUCUCAAACAAGACUCCGAAGUGAAUGCCUACAAAACCUUCUUACUACAGGCAUCCAAUUGGUUUGGACCUAACGGCCAAUACAAAAACCGCUUCACCUUGUUCAGUUCCCUUGAAUGGGAUUAUUUUGGUCGGAGGAAUCUCAUGUUUUCUGAUGUGACAGAGGGGUUGGUUGAUGUUGGUGAAAACAACACUUACUACAAAUGGGUUGAUCCUGAGUUUUACAAUAAAGUAAGCAGUCUUAACUACUGUCCACUGAGCUCAGCCCGAUGGUGUGUCAUCUCAAAGGAUGAAAAAUCAAAGUGCCAGACUAUGUUGAUGGCAUUUGAAGCAAAAGACCUUCGACCCCGGCUUGAUUGUAUUCUUGGCUCUGACACUGAUAACUGCAUGUCUAUGAUUGCUAAUGGUGAUGCUGAUCUAAUGAACCUAGAUCCUGGUGAUGUGUAUGUGGCUGGCAGAAAAUAUGGUUUGAAGCCCAUAGCAUCAGAAGAUUAUGGCAACAUGAACUCAUCAUUUUAUGUGGUAGCAGUAGCAAGGAAGAGAGAUCACUACAUGACACUCUUUAACCUGAAAAAGAAGCGAGCCUGCUUGCCUGGGAUAGGGCGAGGAGAUGGGUGGAUUGUACCGGUCAACAUCUUCAUUGAGACAGAACAGUUCCUACCACAACAUUGUACAAUAUUUGAAAAUCUAGGUCAGCUGUUUGUUCGGAGUUGUAUUCCUGGGGCAGUAGAUAAGUUAUACAAUCCUACACAGACCCCUGUCAGUCUGGUGGAGGCCUGCGCCUCGGGAGGUGCAAAGAAGGGACGGCGUAAUAGUGACGACUAUUACUAUGGGGCUACAGGAGCAUUUAGGUGUCUUGUAGAAAAGGGGGGAGAUAUUGCGUUUGUUCGACACUUGACAGUACGAGACAAUACUGACAGCAGAAACCGAGCCAUCUGGGCGAGAAAUCGUCGUGCUGAUGACUAUGAGCUAAUGUGUAAGGAUGGAAGCCGUACACAGAUUGACAACUGGAGAAACUGUCAUCUGGGAAAAGUACCGGCCAAUGCUGUGGUAACAGCUCAAUACAAAUCAGAAGAAGAGAAGCAUAUAUACUGGCAGCUAAUGAAUUAUGGACAACAGUUUUUCUCAUCUGACAUUCUUGGUGACUUCAAUAUGUUUGAUUCGGGCAAAUGGUCUUCAAAGUCAUGGUCGAGUGAUCUUAUCUUCACUGACGAUGCUGUGCGACUGAUGAAGGUGGAGCCAGCUCAACAAAAUUACAAGGCAUAUCUUGGUCGGUCCUUCAUCAACCAAAUAGAAAACUUACACAAAUAUACCUGUGUUCCAAUCAAAGAGGUCAGCUCAGCCACGACAUGGUCUGCCUCAACAGUCAUAAUUACUCUUACUGUCAUACUCCAACUUUUUAUCUGAAAUUAGGUGUGUAGAUGAACAAAAUUCGGAUAUCAAAGAAAGAACUUUUUUUAUUUAUGUUACAAUCAGAUGUAUCUAAUUUAUAAAAC